UCAAUUAUUUUUGCAUUAAUUUAUAAUUGUGUGCCCGGCCGAUAUUGUAUUUCAUCGGAUUACAUCGAUCAAUUAGACAGUAUCGACGUAAUAUCGCCCUACGACUUAUUAUGGACAACAACUAUGGCAUACUGUAAUAUAUACCAUUUGACGUAUAAAAUGCUUAUUGAUGCCGGAUUACCAAUAUCGGGUUCGACUUAUUCUAAUUAUGAUAUAGCGUCUACGCUCGUACCUUCAGCCGAGGUUUCCGACGAAAGUCAUGGCCCACAGCUACAAUUUUUACGAUUCAGGGAAGCUUCCCAGAAGAUUGAGGAUUUUGUUUCUAAAGUUGACCUGCUUCAAAACAUCAUAGAAGAUGAAGAUAUAAAAACGGCAUACACGCUGUGGAAUACAAUCCAAGACGAAAUGUUCGAUUUUAUGAAUAAAAUGAUAUUGUUAACAAGUCAAGUAGACGAUAGAUUUAUUGAAUUGGGAAUUCAACUACAACAUAUUUCUAAUGUGAAUUCCUUGGAGAUGAAAAAAUUGUACUUGGAUAUUUUUAAUGAAACGGUUAACGCGGUGUCAUUUAGUACCACAUCGUACAUCGAAGUAUUUAAUUUUCUUCAAAAGUUUAGUUUUGAAUUUCAAAAGGAAAACGAACAAAUAAAAAAAAAUGAUGAAUUAAUGUACGAGAGUAAUGUUGAUUUACGUAAGUAUACGCGAAAACAAAUAGCCGAGAUCUAUAAAUUGUAUAUCGAAGCAAUUACAACUUUUUAUAACUCAAAAUCGAGUCAUAUGAAUUGGCUAAAAACUGAUAUUAUUUCAUGGUUUGAUUUAAACUUGUCCAAAAGUAUGUUUGAUUAUAUGGGAUAUAAUCUUUUUACAUACAUCAUUACAAUAACAAAACAUAUAAAUGAUAUGUAUAAAUAUGAUAAAACAAAUCUUCCAAAAUUAACAUUAGAAUUUCAAGAAUAUGUCUCAAAAAGUAUGAAUUACAUAAUUGACUUCAUGAAUAUUCCUCUCAAAAAUUUUGUUAGUGAUAUAAACGAUAAAUUAAAAAAAAAGUAG